AUGGCGUCGUCAUUGUCUUCGUCGUCGUCGAGCUCGUCCUCUAGCCGUGCGCCUUCACCCGUCCGGCACAAUGCCAAACCUCCCCGAGGCAUUCUAAAGACGCCCAAGUCAACCAAGUCGAGCGAACAGACACCUCUGCUCUCCUCGAGCACAAGAGAACAAGAUGCCGGCGCCCGGCCGCAGCAUGACGAUGACAGCCAGGCGCACAAGAGUCUGUGGUACAUUUUGUUGUUGACAGUGAGCAUUGGUGGCUUGCAGAUCGCCUGGUCUGUAGAGUUGUCCAAUGGCUCGCCAUAUCUGCUGUCUCUUGGUUUGAGCAAGUCACUCAUGGCUCUAGUCUGGAUCGCCGGCCCUCUUAGCGGUACUCUUGUUCAGCCGUACGUUGGCAUGCUGAGUGACAACUGCAGGUUGUCUUGGGGGAGACGCAAGCCGUUUAUGCUGGGAGGUGCCAUUGCCACGGCGAUAUCGCUUAUGCUACUUGGUUGGGCCAAGGAGACGGUAGGAGGUCUGCUCAGUCUAUUUGGUGCCGAUCCCGACAGUCACGGCGUAAAGACUGCUAUACUCGUGGUGGCUGUGCUCUGGGUCUAUGUACUGGACUUUGCUAUCAACACGGUACAAGCUGCUAUUCGAGCUUUCAUUGUCGAUUGCGCCCCCGUUCAUCAGCAGGAACAAGCCAAUUCAAUGGCAAGCAGAAUAGUGGGUGUUGGCAAUAUCGUUGGCUAUCUGGCUGGCUACGUCAACCUCCCAAAAUACUUGUGGUGGUUGGGCGACACCCAAUUCAAGAUUCUCUGCGCGAUUGCGAGUAUCGCCCUUUGCGGUCUGGUUUUGGUCAGUGUUGUGUUUAUCCCCGAGAGAGAUCCAAACCUGGACGGUCCUCCCCCAAAGAAUCAACCGGGUGCCUUGACCUUUUUUCGGACCAUCUUCACCUCCAUCAAGCGCCUUCCUCCACAGGUUGCAAAAGUCUGUGCCGUACAGUUUUGCGCCUGGAUCGGCUUCUUUCCCAUGCUGUUCUACACGUCGGAAUAUAUCAGCGAGAUCUACAUUGAGCCGUAUUUGGAGGCCAAUCCACACAUGACGCCUGCCGAGCUGGACAAGCUCUAUGAGAAAGGCACCCGCGUUGGUACGUUUGCCUUGCUCAUCUUUGCUAUUACGAGUCUUGCAACAAAUGUUUUCCUUCCUUUCUUUGUGGCUCCGACCUAUGAUGGACCCGUGACUACAACUGGACCUGCCGAGGCGCCCGGCGCAUUACCGCAUGGCGACGAAAAGAAGAAAUGGCUCGAUUAUCUGGUCAUCCCCGGCUUCACCCUUCGGCGUGCAUGGAUGCUGUCGCAGGUCAUCUUCUCCGUUGCCAUGUUUUGCGCCGUCUUUGUCCGUACUGUAGAGGCUGCAACUGGUCUCAUUGGCCUCGUCGGCAUCACCUGGGCUCUAACGCUUUGGGCACCUUGGGCAAUCAUUAGUGCAGAGGUUAGUCGUCGAGAUGCCUUGCUGCGAAGCAGACGGCAAGCGCAGCAGUCGCAAGCACAGGCGUUUGGCGGCAACGACAGUACAGAAGCCCUGCUUGACCAGGAACGGCGGUUGCACAACGAGGAAGAUGUGGACAAGGCCGGUGUGAUUCUCGGAAUUCACAACAUGGCCAUUGCGUCACCCCAAAUGUUGGCAACUGUGGGCUCGAGUAUCAUCUUUCGCAUUUUUCAGAAGCCUAGGGGGACGCCAGGUGACCACAGUAUCGGUAUCGUAUUUGCGCUAGGUGGUUUGUUUGUGUUGGCGUCGGUCAUCUUUAUUCACCGCAUUCAAGACGACAUUCCCGCCGAAGAAGUAAUUGCGGCCGAAGAGGGCGAAUCCCCAGCCGCUCGCCCAGGCAUGCUCAGAAGGAGAAGCACCGCCCAAGCCACGAUGAAACGUGCGGCACUUGCUAGGAGCUCUAGUUUUGGCGCAGGACUGGAAUACUGA